AUGCCUCUCCUGCUUGAUUCGGAAGACCCAAAGGCACCAAUUGGCUUUGAUUUAUCGACUUCUUCGACGUUAUUCUGGAGGCCAGUUCCUGUCCUUGUGAAGCAACAGGACCGGGAAGACCAGCAUGAAGCGUUGACAGUUCGCAUUUUGACUGGUUAUGCGCGUCAGAACCACAACCUUCGGAUACUCCGCAUUCACAUCUCCAACGACUCCGACCUGUACUUCCUUCACACACUUGAAGUCAGCGAAGAGGACUUCCAGAGCUUAAAAAAUGAUCAGGGCAUCCUGGUGGACUUCGCCAGCUUUCCGGGCAAGAUUAUCAGCUUGCUGGAGAAAUGCAUUGCUGCGCAGCCAGGGGAUUCGCCCAGACUUACGGAGGUCAAGGGUAAUUGCCAGGAGCUGUCAGACGCCCUAGAUCGGACGAAGGACGAGCGUGACAGCGCAUCGGCGCAGUUGAUGCAGUGCCGCCAACAACUGGCAGAACUCCGGGAGCAGUACGACAAGCACCUUCUAGAAGUGCAGGCGCAGGCCAAAACGCAUCAGGCCUCGGCGCAUGAGGAGCGGCUUCGAGAGAAGGCUCAACUGAAGGACCAGCAUGAGCGGUAG